UAUGUAUAAUUGCCAUUUAAAUAUGCAGUAGACUCAAAAGAAAUGUGGCUUAAAACAUUCUUGUCUUCUGGUGGCCAGCAAUUAGAUAAAUCUUUGACUAUAAUGCAUUUAUAGCACUAUGAGAAAUUCUCUAGGGCUAUGUGGAUUCUUUUUAUUUCUAUUUUAGUUAGACUGUGGCGACACCACCACUCAAGCGCGCGGCGAUCCCGCCAUGGCAAAAGGCCGGAAUCUAAUAAUCACAGAUCAACUUUGGACUAUAUAAGUAGCACGCACCCAAACAAAUAUGAGAGAAACAAUGAGACAACCAAGAAACAUAUUUACUAAAAGGCUCAGCGCCAGUAGCGCCACAAGGACUCCGCGUCCGUGCAUAUCCCAAUAUUCUAAUAAUCAUAAUAAAGAGCAUCCCUCAAUACUAUCUCUAUCUAUCUUGGACUAUGUUAUCCGGGCAGCGACGGUGCCUCCUCGUGAGCACGUCAUAGACCAAUAUUAUUUAUUAAUAGAGCUUGCAUAUAUCAUACUGUAUAUCACAUACAUGCUCAGAAACUAUGUAUGCGCUUUCUAUAUAUACCGAUGGGAGUUUCUAGUCAUGGAUAUAUAA